CGAAGAAGACGACGACGACGAAGAAGAAGAAGAAGAAGAAGAAGUAACAACCAGCGAGAAAAGAAGAGUAUUACAACAAAACGUUCGUCAAGUGAGUAAUGUCAAUUCUCCGUCAGACAAGCUGAGGCAGAAUAUUUUUAUUUUUAUUCUUAUUUUUUAUUUUUAAUAAAGUCACGUAUUUGGCUCAUUGUUUGCCUGUGCUGCGUGAGACAAAUCGUCGGUUAGGCGGAACUCCGCCGCGCACUUUGGUUUUGAAGUUUGCAGUUUAAGAGAGCUUUGUUAACAUCGGUUGUCCGCUGACUCCAACAUGAGCCAACAAGCUGCUGCUCUGCAGACCUACAAUAAUGAGCUCGUCAAGUUUAUCCUCCUCAGGUUUUGAUGACCUUUUUUCCAAGCGGGACGAGUUGAGCUGUCAGAUCAAGUUGGAGGAAGAGGAGAAGGAACGACUCCAGCAUGACAUCCGCAGCCUCUCGGAGAAGCUGAGCAGAGUUAAUGAAAGCCUGGCACAAAAAAUGGCUGCAUACGACACAAUCAACCGUACCAUCGCAGAGACUGAGGCUGCAUACACCAAGAUCUUGGAGAGUUCCCAGUCUUUACUGAGUGUCCUGAAGCAGCAGGCAGUAAAUUUCCAUAAAACCUCAGCGCCUCGGAGGAAAGAGCACUAAUGUGCGGAAGACUGCACAAGGAAGGAACUGUUUUAAGAGUUUGACAAUUUGGAUUUAUUUUAGUUUUUGCAUCAAUAAAUACUGAAUACCUCCCAAUGCUCCUGA